AUGCGGCAGGUUUGCUGCUCAGCGCUGCCGCCGCCACUGGAGAAGGCUCGGUGCAGCAGCUACAGCGACAGCGACAGCAGCAGCAGCGGCAGCAGCAGCAGCGGCGGCAGCAGCAGCAGCAGCAGAAGCAGCAGCAGCGGCGGCGGCGGCGGCAGCAUCUCCCGUCCCGCUGCGCCCCCAGAGCCGCGGCCGCAGCCGCAGCCCCGCAGCCCCGCAGCCCGGAGAGCCGCCGCCCGCUCGCGAGCCGCAGCCGCCGGCGGCAUGAGGCGCGACCCGGCCCCCGGCUUCUCGAUGCUGCUCUUCGGCGUGUCGCUCGCCUGCUACUCGCCCAGCCUCAAGUCGGUGCAGGACCAGGCGUACAAGGCGCCCGUGGUGGUGGAGGGCAAGGUCCAGGGACUGGCCCCGGCCGGCGGCUCCGGCUCUAACAGCACCCGAGAGCCGCCCGCCUCGGGUCGGGUGGCGCUGGUGAAGGUGCUGGACAAGUGGCCGCUCCGGAGCGGGGGUCUGCAGCGCGAGCAGGUGAUCAGCGUGGGCUCCUGCGCGCCGCUCGAGAGGAACCAGCGCUACAUCUUUUUCCUGGAGCCCACCGAGCAGCCCUUGGUGUUCAAGACGGCCUUCGCCCCCGUCGACCCCAACGGCAAAAACAUCAAGAAAGAGGUGGGCAAGAUCCUGUGCACCGACUGCGCCACCCGGCCCAAGCUGAAGAAGAUGAAGAGCCAGACAGGAGAAGUGGGCGAGAAGCAGUCACUGAAGUGUGAGGCAGCAGCGGGAAACCCCCAGCCCUCCUACCGCUGGUUCAAGGACGGCAAGGAGCUCAACCGGAGCCGAGAUAUUCGAAUCAAGUACGGCAAUGGCAGAAAGAACUCUCGUCUACAGUUCAACAAAGUGAAGGUGGAGGAUGCUGGGGAAUAUGUCUGUGAGGCUGAGAACAUCCUUGGGAAGGACACCGUGAGGGGCCGGCUCCAUGUCAACAGUGUGAGCACCACUCUGUCGUCGUGGUCGGGGCACGCCCGGAAGUGCAACGAGACAGCCAAGUCCUACUGUGUGAAUGGAGGCGUGUGCUACUACAUCGAGGGCAUCAACCAGCUCUCCUGCAAAUGUCCAAACGGAUUCUUCGGACAGAGAUGUUUGGAGAAACUGCCUUUGCGAUUGUACAUGCCAGAUCCUAAGCAAAAGCACCUUGGAUUUGAAUUAAAGGAGGCUGAGGAGCUGUACCAGAAGAGAGUCCUGACGAUUACUGGCAUCUGUGUGGCUCUGCUGGUCGUGGGCAUCGUCUGUGUGGUCGCCUACUGCAAGACCAAAAAACAGCGGAGACAGAUGCAUCACCAUCUCCGGCAGAACAUGUGCCCAGCCCACCAGAACCGAAACCUGGCCAAUGGGCCCAGCCACCCUCGGCUGGACCCUGAGGAGAUCCAGAUGGCAGAUUACAUCUCCAAAAACGUGCCAGCCACAGACCACGUGAUCCGGAGGGAGACUGAGACCACGUUCUCUGGGAGCCGCUCCUGUUCACCUUCUCACCACUGCUCCACAGCCACGCCCACCUCUAGCCACAGACAUGAGAGCCACACGUGGAGCCUGGAACGUUCAGAGAGCCUGACCUCGGAUUCCCAGUCGGGCAUCAUGCUGUCAUCAGUGGGCACCAGCAAGUGCAACAGCCCAGCAUGUGUGGAGGCACGGGCACGGAGGGCAGCAGCCUACAGCCAGGAGGAGAGGCGCAGAGCUGCCAUGCCACCCUACCAUGACUCCAUAGACUCCCUGCGUGACUCUCCACACAGUGAGAGGUACGUGUCGGCCCUGACCACGCCCGCGCGCCUCUCGCCCGUGGACUUCCACUACUCGCUGGCCACGCAGGUGCCGACUUUCGAGAUCACGUCGCCCAACUCUGCGCAUGCCGUGUCGCUGCCUCCCGCCGCGCCCAUCAGCUACCGCCUGGCGGAGCAACAGCCGCUCCUGCGGCACCCGGCGCCGCCCGGCCCGGGGCCGGGGUCCGCCGCGGACAUGCAGCGCAGCUACGACAGCUACUACUACCCGGCGGCGGGGCCGGGGCCGCGGCGCAGCGCCUGCGCACUGGGCGGCAGCCUGGGCAGCCUGCCCGCCAGCCCCUUCCGCAUCCCGGAGGACGACGAGUACGAGACCACGCAGGAGUGCGCGCCCCCGCCGCCGCCGCGGCCGCGCACGCGCGGCGCGUCCCGCAGGACGUCGGCGGGGCCGCGGCGCUGGCGGCGCUCGCGCCUCAACGGGUUGGCGGCGCAGCGCGCACGCGCGGCGCGGGACUCGCUGUCGCUGAGCAGCGGCUCGGGCUGCGGCUCGGCGUCGGCCUCGGACGACGACGCGGACGACGCGGACGGGGCGCUGGCGGCCGAGAGCACGCCUUUCCUCGGCCUGCGAGCGGCGCACGACGCGCUGCGCUCGGACUCGCCGCCGCUCUGCCCGGCGGCCGACAGCAGGACUUACUACUCGCUGGACAGCCACAGCACGCGCGCCAGCAGCAGACACAGCCGUGGGCCGCCCACGAGGGCCAAGCAGGACUCGGGGCCCCUCUAGGACCUCUCCCCGCCUCGCCCGCCCCACGUCUCCAAGGAGAGCGGAGACCACCGACUGGAGAGGGAAAAGGAGCGAACAAAGAAAUAAAAAUAUUUUUAUUUUCUAUAAAAGGAAAAAAGUAUAACAAAAUGUUUUAUUUUCAUUUUAGCAAAAAUUGUCUUAUAAUACUAGCUAACGGCAAAGACGUUUUUAUAGGGAAACUAUUUAUAUGUAACAUCCUGAUUUACAGCUUCGGAAAAAAAAAAAAGAAACAACAAAAAAAAAGAGAGAUGGGCCAAUUUUUUGACUCUUUAAUAGAAACCUAUAUUGUGGUGCCUUUUGCUGUACGCUAAUCUGGGGCUCCUGGAGAGUCGUCUGGGGUGCAAUGUGGGGAUGGGCGUUUGUAGGAUCCCAAACUGGUGGGGGUGAGAAUAGACAGGGAAAGAAGAGACUGUGAGGUUCUAAUGGCUCUGAGGCUAGUGUGCAGUGAGGAGGAAAAUGAAGACAAGGUGGAGUUUUCUCUUCCCCAGUCCAGAUCUGGAGUCCUGGGCAGAGAGGACAGGGAUCCUAGGCUUACAGUUGGAAUUUAGGUCCCUUACUUCGAGGGGGAGACACGGGUCCCCUGCUACAGCAACUAGAAUGGGGAGGGGGCCUCCCCACCCCUCACAGCUGCUAAGGGAGAGAGAGGACGGAGAAGCCUGUCUCCCCACCAGCCCCCGGCCUAGGGAGGGGGCAGCUCUGCCAGGGGCCCAACCUUUACGGCUCCUCCUCCCCUGCGGCCUCCAGGACGCCCUCUGUCCUCUGCAGCACCUUCGUUUACAGAUCGUCUUUUCUAUUUUAUGCCUGCAUGUCCUUUGCAUUUCAGAUUCUUUAGAUUGAAUGCAUGGUCACGCUGGGACCCAGAAGAGCCACUCCGACAGUGUAUCCGUUCCCCUUCUAGCAAUAAAGUCCACAUCCUUCUCACAGCCCAGCCCCAGCCCACUCAAGACUUCCAUCUUCCAGCCCUGCCUUCCCCAGCCCUCACAACUGGAUCCAAUGCUAAUUUGUCAAAAAGGCAAUUGUCUAAAACAACAAACAAACAAACAAACAAACAAAAAUCCCAAACAGAAACAAAUGGGAACCCUGACAUGUCCGAACACCUGACUGUUGACACUUGAACAUUUUUAUUUUAUAAAUAAACUCAGAAAUAACUCCUGUUUGACUGUGUGUGCCUAGCCCCAGGUGAGGAGGGAAGAUAGAAUGAGGACCUGGGAUGAGGCACAUGGGUACUAGAAUAGUUUGGAGAGGGCCAGGGCAGUCCCCGAGCGGAAGUGACCCUCUCCCCAGUCCCUCUGGCCUCAGCUCCAAGGACCUGCUCCAAGUCUCUCUUCCAAAUCAUUUAUAAGGUGUCCCCCCUGGGUGCUGGGGAGCCCAGCCAAGAGACUGACGCAAAUUUGUUGUGCUUUAAACUCAGCCUCAGAACUCUGGCCCAGUUCCUGCCCUGCAGCUAGGAAGCCGGACUGAGGCAACAGUUUCUGCCCAGGUGGGUGAAGAGGGAAGGGUUGAGGGGUUGGCACUAGGGCAGCGGAUGCAAAAAUGAUCCUUGGGGCUUCAGCCACGUCCCGGGCAGAGUCUGGACAUGUAAGACAGCAUAAUGUGUACCCUCAUUGCCAGAAGGACCACAACAGCUGCAGCUCCUAAGCCCACAGGGUAUUGCUCUUUCCCCAGUUUUAUACCCUCUCAGAGCCAGGCCUGCCUAAACCUGCAGCUCCGAUGAAGGUCUGAUCCCAGGCAUGGAGAAGGCAGGAGGAGUCCGGGGUGAAGAGUUUUUCUCAUCAGCUACCUAGAAUAUUAGGAUCCAAGAUUCCAGCCAGAGCCUUUUCUCCAGUGAGCUGGGGCGAAAUGUGUACGUGUGUGUGCUUAUGUAGACAGGCACUUACAGAGGAGUGGGACAGAGACACAGAACAAGAGGGACUGGAUUGGAGUGCCAGCACCAUCCCUCACUUCUCCAAGCCACAGUUUUGCCUAGCGAGAAGUGAGGAAGCAAGCUGCUGUAGAGCUUACGUGCAGAUGGGCCAGGCGCUGCUCCUGACACAUGUCUACAAGAUGGCUUCUUCGAUGGUGGUAGUGACAGAAUCCUGUGCCUUGCAACCUUGAGUCACAAAGUGGCAAAAACUCAGUGAGGUGGUUAAGAAAAGUCUAAGCUUAUAAAAUCGUUAUAUUCGUUAUGGGGUGCUGGGGGGCACUUAGCACAAAGGGGGUAAAAGUCGAAAGAAAAAUUGCUGAUCUGAGUGUUGCCCAGACCUGUGGACCGUGGCCCUCUUCUAGGCCCCAGCAGAUGACCUUGUUAGAGCGCUCAGCUUUCUCAGUUUGCUUUCUUAGGGCAGUGAUCCUUACAUGAGACCUCUGAUCUCUAUGGGACCCCAAAUUAACUGCUAUGACCUCUCGGCGAGCCCACUGAUCUUAUUACCAUCCAGGUUAGUGUCCUCGCUUAACCUCUGUGAGGGCUUUAAGUUGAUGCCUUCCAGGUUUUUACUCAGAAACCACAUGUAUGACUCAAAUGGAUUCUCCUGUCUAUGACCCCUGUUACCUUUGAGUGACCACUCAGUGAACUCACCAACCUGUACAUGACCCUCUUUUCUUCCUUCAUCAUCUGCCCUGGAUUCUAAGAUCGCUGCCAAGAGCCCAGGGCCAGUUUCUUCAGCACUCUCCUCACUGUGUCAGCCACAUUGUAUCUCCUUAUUGUAUCAGGGGACAGGAAUGGUUGGGACCUGGGGGCAGGCUUGACCAGAGAGACCUCUUGCCCACCCUGACUCUCAAGUUUUAGCCUUGGGGGAUGUUAGGUGGGUGGCCUUUCAAGGAAGCAUUGCAGUCCCUUUAAGCAACUUCCCUUGUACCACCCUGUCCCCUGGAACACUCAGGACAUUCAGGCAGCUUCCUAGGUCAAAAUUCUCUUACCUGCUCCCCAAGUUCACUCUUAGUGUCAUUCUCCAGGCCCUCUUAGAGUCCUCAGUGGCAAUGAUACCCACUUCUCCAGUCUCCCUCAUAACUGUGAGACCCAUGAAGACAGCCUCUUUCACCACUGUCCCUGGCACACAGCAACAGCGUAGGGCCCAUGGUUGAUCCUCACUGAAGAGAAUGAAGGCUAUUAGUUAAGAGUUGGCCAUCAGAAGUUCCCGCACCAUAGGCAACUUCCCAGGACCUCCAGGAGAGGCAAACCACGAACUGCAUUUUGUCAGGCCCUGGAUUUGAUUGGUCCUUAUGGGCAUGUUAGGGGCAAUGGUUAGGGAAUAAGAGCAUAAUGACCUAUCAGAAUGCAGGAAAAAAAAUAUUAGAACUUUGAUUUAGAUUUAUUUUCAUCUCAUCUUUUUUUAAAUUUCUAUUUUUGUGUAUGUUUUAUAAUGUACAUAAUAUUUUAGUACAGUAGUACAUGUAUAUAAUUUACAAAUAAAGAAUUAUACAAUUAAGGAAGCGAACUAAAAAAUGUCUUUACUGAUGGGAGGCACAACUAGUGCCUGGGGAAUCACGCGUGUCUGAGGUUAAUGAACUUGCACCUCUGCUGUCAUCCCUCACCCCAUGACACAGAGAGUGAGACACUGGCCUGAAAAUCAAAAGACCUUCAGGCAGCCGGACAAAGAUCUCUUUACUAGUCCCUAAAUCGCCUUUCUGAUCUCAUGCAAAUGAGCAUUUGCUUCCCCUGAGCAAAACAAAGGGGCCAUAUGGUUUGGUUAUAAAACACACUUCAGCCAAUCCAACUUAAAUGGUUUGGAUUUAAACCCACUAUACUUUGCCACAUUCUCCCAGCUCCCUGCAUCAGGUGGGAGGGGCUCAGUUGCAAGGCUUGUGUCACCAAAGAGGUCAAUCUGUUGGCCAAACAACAGGAAAGAUUGGCUCGUGGUAGCUGUGUCAAGAGGACCAACCCCCCAACUCAAUUGUUGUCUAAGUGAUACAGGGUUUAAUGUCAACCUGUAAUAGACACUUGUCUCUACUCUCAGCUGUGUCCCUAACCUUAGCCUUUCUGACUCACUAGAAAAAUGAAAGGAUUAUCAACAAUUAAAAUCUUGCCAGUCCACCUUCUCCCCAAGACCAUGAACCAACAGCUUCCUUGAUCCUACUCUACCACCCAGCCUGGGAUCACUGGUGGGUGGCACUCGACAAGGCAGUGUGUCCUCCAUUCCUGCCAGUAGGUCUGUGAGAGGCCAGCACAGAGCUCGGAGAUCUUGGCAGCAUUCACAGGAAGAUCCCAAACAGAGGUUGUGCUCCUAAGCCAUUUACCCCACAGGACACCCUUGGGACAGAAGAGGCCACACACACAUAUCCUAUUUAGUCUGAAAGCAUCAACCGGAAAAGUGAUUGUGAGUCACAAAUCUGGCGGAAGAGGAAAAGGCAAAAACACAGAGGGUCUUCAUCUUUGUGUCCAGAGUGUCAGAGCAGCGGAGGGCUCCAUAGCAGGUUUCCUUGCUAGUAGGCCAGACUCUAAGAUGGAUGUUUUCCUUUAUCUGGUUUCAUCCUCUAGAUGGUAGUAGUUCCCAAACAGUCU